GUACAGAGGCCCAGCUGAGGCCCAGCGACUCUGCCCACGUGAGCCGCGCCGAGCCGGCGGAACAGACCUCGGCGACCCGGUCCCUGCUCCCGCUGCAAUGGCUGUGGCCACAUACCGGGACGCGGCGCAGGUUCCCUUGACUUCAGAACCAGUUAUGGGGCCAGGCCUGGGUGUGACCUUUGAGGAUGUGGCCAUUCACUUCUCCCAGGAAGAGUGGGUGCUCCUUGAUAAGGCCCAGAGGCUCCUCUACUGCAGUGUGAUGGUGGAGAACCUUGCACUUGUGGCUUCUCUGGGAUCCAGGCCUGGAAUGGGAGAUGAAGAGGUAUCUUCUGAGCAUGCUGAACCUACAGAUGGAGUGAUGUCUAAGACAAGUCCAUCUACACAGCAGACUCAUCUUUUUGAGACACCUGUCCCAGCUUUGGAAGACGUUUUGUUCCAGGCUGAAUACCUAAGCACACACCCGGUGCAGACAUUCUACUCGGGCCGAACAGGUGUGAAAAGCUCCGGUUUGAAUGAAGAUAUUAACCAGCACCAGAAGAGGUCCAGUGGAGAAAAGCCCUGCGACGGGAAGGCUGAUGUGGCUUCAUUUAUGUCGGGCUGCAGACCCCACGUGUUGUCAAAGCCAUUCAUCUCUGAGAAGGAUGGGGAGAAGGCCCUUGCCUCCAUGGGCUGUCAUCAGCAGCAGGCCACUUGUCAUAGUGAACAGCUUCACAGUAGUGGCAAGUGUGGGGAAGCACUUUUGAGUGGAGAAAAACGUAAGUCCAGUGAAUGCCAAAAAGGUUCAAGCCACAAACAUACACGUGUCCAGGGUCAGAGUGCCUCCACUGAAAAAAGGCCUCAUGAGUGUAGCAAGUAUGAGAAAGCCUUCUCCUGCAGUUACAAACUUGCUCAGCACCAGGACAGUCGCACGGGACAAAGGACGUAUGAGCGUAGCCAGCAGGAAAAAUCCUUUAGCAAGAAGUGCCACCUCAUUGCCCACAGUAGAACUCAAGAAAGGCCCUAUAAAUGUACCGAAUGUGGAAAAGCCUUCAUCUAUAAAUCUGAACUCAUUUACCACCAGAGACGCCACAGUGGUAGAGUACAUUACGAGUGUGUGGAAUGUAGAAAGUCCUUUACCUACAAAUCCAACCUCACUGAACACCAGAGAAUCCACACUGGAGAGAGGCCUUACCAGUGUGAGCAGUGUGGGAAAUCCUUCAGACAAAACUCUAGCCUCUUUAGACACCACAGAAUUCAUACUGGAGAAAGGCCUUAUGAGUGCUAUGAAUGUGGCAAAUCUUUUAGACAAAUCUUCAAUCUCAUUAGACACAGAAGAGUCCACACUGGAGAAAUGCCUCAUCAGUGCAGUGACUGUGGGAAGUCCUUUAGCUGCAAAGCUGAGCUUACUCAACAUGAGCGAAUUCACAGUGGGGAAAGGCCUUAUGAGUGUAGUGAGUGUGGAAAAUUCUUCAGGCAGUUCUCCAACCUCAUUCGACACCGGAGAGUCCAUACUGGUGACAGGCCUUACAAAUGCAGCGAAUGUGAAAAAUCCUUUAGUCGCAAAUUCAUCCUCAUCCAACACCAAAGAGUUCACACUGGAGAAAGGCCUUAUAAGUGUGGGGAAUGUGGCGCAUCCUUCACCCGGAAAUCUGACCUCAUCCAACACCAGAGAAUUCAUACUGGCACGAGACCUUAUGAGUGUGAAGAAUGUGGGAAGUCAUUUCGACAGUGCUCUAGCCUCAUUCAACACCGGAGAGUUCAUACUGGAGAGAGGCCUUAUGAAUGUGUCGAGUGUGGGAAAGCCUUUAGUCAGAGUGCUAGCCUUAUUCAACACCAGCGACUGCACACUGGUGAAAGGCCUUAUGAGUGUAGCGAAUGUGGGAAGUCCUUUAGCCAAAGUGCUAGCCUAAUUCAACACCAGAGAAGCCACAGUGGAGAAAAGCCUUAUGAAUGUGGCGAAUGUGGCAAACUUUUCACCCACAAGUCUGACCUAAUUCAGCAUCAAAGAGUUCACACUGGAGAAAGACCUUACGAGUGCAAUGACUGUGAGAAAUCAUUUAGCCGUAGGUCUAAUCUCGUUCGACACCAGAGAGUUCACACCUAAGAAACUUCUUUCUCAUGUAAGAAAUGUGCUGUUCAGUGAGUUAGUGUAGUAACACUGGAGGAGACUAGCAGCCCUCUCUGAGUUUAAAGAUAAUUCAUAUGGGCUUCAGAAGUGUGGGUUAUUUCAGAUAUGUGGGAAAUUUUGAGGAGAUUUCAUUCAGUUUCUAGUAUGCCCCAGGGCCAUAUCCUGAUUUAUGCCAUUGGCAGUGUCUGUGGUAGAAACCCUAUCACCACUGGAAGUUUGAUAUUGUGAGGAUAAGUACCCUUCCUGAGUGCUCAGAGAUGCAGACUUCUGUACUUUGCUGUGGCCUUCGCUUUGGAGACCCCUCAUUUCCUUUUAGGGCAGGACUCUUGUUUGGAAGGUGUGGUCUGAGUUGUGCUUUCAACUUUGCUAAGAAAGAUUACCUUGUUCAGGGGAAGUUUCAUACUAUGCUAGUGAUGAAUAUUUCCAGGUUCGAAUUCGCCAACUUGGAAGAUGCUUGCUGCACAUAACCUCUGACUUAUCUUUUUGAAAAUAUAGUUUAUUUAUGCACCUUUAAUCUUGAAGGUUCUGUUCAUUCUGUGGUGUGACUUCUCAACUGACCUAUGAUGUCAGCAUUAAGGGGUGGAUCAGUUUCAGAGAUAUCCUCACUUUCUAUGUUUUAGAAGGUAUGGUACAGCUGCAAGAAGCAGCUGUAUGGAGUAUUGGUCUGAUUUUCAUCGCCGCCCCUGCCCUCACAGGUAAGACUGUUGGGUUUUCUGUUCCUGACUUACUGAAGGUGCUGUGAUUUGUAAGGUUAAAAAGUCCUGAUGAAGAGGAGAAUUAUGACAAUCCCAGGUGCUUCUGUAAAUCACGUGAACAAUUAUACUCACCUUUCCACUGGGAUGUCAUAUAAUUCCUAGCAUUGUUGAGGGUAAUCUCUUCUGUAGGCCUUGCAUUGGAGCCAUUUGCUAUAAUGUGUUGACUAGUGUGCAGGGCAGCAGUUUGUGACUGGGACAGGAACUGAGUUCAUAGAUAUGGAAAUAAUCUCACAUUUCCUUUAUCGUGAGUGUUUGUGUGUUGGUGUGCAUGUGCCAUGGCACAUGUGUGGACGUCAGAAGGCAGCUUUUCGAGAUAAUUCUGUUCUACCAUGUAGGUUCCAGAGAUUGAAUUCAGAUCAUCAGGCUUUUGGUAAAUGCCUUUACCUGCUGAGCCAUCUCUCUGGCUGUGGACCAAGCCUCUACUAAAACUUCACCCAUAGAUGUUUCAAUGACUUUGUGUGAGUAAUAUUCUCAAGAUCUGUGUGGCCAUUUCCUGUGGCUGUGGUUAUUGUAAGAGAAAAUGACGAGACAUUUUUGUGGAUUCCUGUAUUCUUUCUUCUCUCCCUAGGACUAAAGCUGUACAGGCCCGAAAACAAGAGGGGAGAGAUGGUUUUGUGGGGUGGGGUAUAAUUCUUACCUAUUUGUGAUUCAAGGGGCAGUAACUUUCCUGCCAAGAUUGGCUGCCAGGGGAGCAAGGCUGCACCUCUGGGUUCUGAGAAGAAAGAUGGUGGAAUCCAUAUUAGUUUGUAAACAAAUUUUGAGAACAGUAGGACAUCUAGGUAUAUUGUUUCGGGCUGCUUUUUAUAGCUUCUUUUAUGUAUCAUUUAUGUAAGUGAUACUUAACAAAGUACAUGGCAUGGCACUGUGGCACGUACUGUAGUUCCAGUUUCUAGGAAGGCUGAGGAAUGAGGAGUCUGUGGGCCCCGGAGUUUGUGGCUCAGUGACGCCAACACAGCACGACUGGCUCAAAAAACAAAAUCCCAAUUGGUAAAGUCUUGAAAUUAUUUCAGUUAUGAAAACAAAUUUAUUUGUCAUCUGUAUAUUUAUAGCAUGCACAUUUAUUAUCUUAGAUUUCCUACCUCUCCUGGCAACCAGUGAUUUUGUUUUUAUUUUAAACUAUUUCAUGUGUAUGUGUGUUCUUCCUGCAUGUAUGUCUGUGCACCACAUGCAUGCUUAGUGCCUGUGGAGGCCAGAAGAGGGAGUAGGCCCUCUGGGGGCUGGCAUUCAGAUGGUUGUGGGCCACCAUGUAGGGGCUGGGAACUGAACCCAGGUCCUCUGGAAGAUCAUCUAAUGCUCUUAACUGCUAAGGCAUCUCUUCAGGCCCUGAUUUUUCUUAAACAACAGAUUAGUUUACAUUGUUUGGGAUUUUAAAUUAUUAUCAUUGUAACAUGUAUACUUGUGUAUGUGUAGAUAUGUUGUAUAAUUACUUCAAGAUUUAACAAUGAUUCCUAUAUGAAAUGUUGUUAUUGUUGCUGAGUAACAUUUUGUGUGGAUCAACUGUUUGUUGAAUCCAUUAAUUUCUUUAGAAAGUUUCUUUACAGAUUUUACAUAUUAUAAAUAAAGCUGCUGUGAAUAUUUCAGUUUUUAUAUGGCUGUGCAUUUUAAUCACUUUGUGUUAAUAACUUGAAUGUAACACCAGAGUUAUAGAUGAAUAUUUUAAGAAGAGUUCAGGAAACGCUGGCUCUGAUGUGUUUGCUCCCUAUUGCAUUCCACCAGCAGUAUGUGAAAGUGGCUGUUCCUUUCCAUCCCGGCGUGUACACCAUGGGGCUAAUCCUUGAAGAUUUUACCAUUCUCCUGGGCGUAUUGUGACAUUGCACUGUGCAUUGCAUUGCAUUUCCUUAAGUAUUCUGAAAUAAAACACCUGUUUCAGAUGUUUAAUUGCCACUUGUACAUCUCUAAUAAAAUGACUGUUCACAUAUUUUUCUUAUU